CUGGCCAGCCAGCAGCCGCCUCUUACUGCCCCGAGUUCCUGACGGGCGGAGUUGGCGUCCUUCCUGCCGGCCCUGCCCUGCCUUGACUCCGGGACGGGGACCAGCCCGGCCGGGCUCUCUGUGGCUCCUGGAGCAGCAUGGAUGCGGGCUGCCGCGCCACCAGCCCCGUCGCCAGCCUCCAAGAAGGGCCCUUCAGCUGCCCCAUCUGCUUAGACGCCCUGAGGGACCCGGUCACCAUCCCGUGCGGCCACAACUUCUGCCUGGGCUGCAUCGGGGCGCACAGGCACCACCCGGCGCCAGGGGGCGUGCCAGGAGCCGGGGGCCAGAGUAGCGCCAGGUGCCCCCUGUGCCAGGAGCCCUUCCCGGCGGACCUCCAGCUCCGGAAGAACCACACCCUGGCCGAGUUGUUGCAGCUCCGGCAGCCCAAGAGCCCGCGCUUGGCCAUGACCCCCGAGGAGGCGCCCGAGCCGUGCGCUCCGGAGAUCUGCCGCCCGGCCGAGGACCCCGACGCCCGGCCAGAGGAGGUGCUCUGCGACUUCUGCACCGGAGGGGAGCGCGCCCAGGCGGCGCAGUCGUGCCUCGUGUGCCUGUCGUCCUUCUGCGGCCCCCACCUGCAGCCCCACCUCAAAAGCCCCGCUUUCCAAGGGCACCGGCUGGUGCCGCCCUUACGGCACAUCGAGGAGAGCCUCUGCAAGCUGCACCUCAAGCCCUUGGAGAACUUUUGCCGGACGGACCAGAGCUGCAUCUGCCGGCUGUGCGGGGCGCAGGAGCACCGGAGCCACGAGGUGGUGGCGGUCGAGGUGGAGCGGGAGCUCGUGGAGGCCCAGCGACCAAAAAUUCUGAGCAGCGUUGAGAAUCAGAUGGAUGAACUUGGAGUUACCAUUGCACAAACUAGAAGAACAGUGGAUCUUAUUAAAGGCACUGCUCAGAAAGAGAAAGAGAAAGUCAGCAAACAGUUUGCUGAGACUGCCAGAGUCCUUGCAGCCUUCCAGAAGGAAGUCUUUGGGUUCAUUGAGGAUGGUGAAAGAGCUAUGCUGGGCGACGCAGAGGAGGAGCUGCAGCAAAAAGAGGAGAGGCGGGCCAAGCUGACUGAAUACAAACGGAACUUGGAGUCAGUCCCCAGCACUGACACCAUCUCUUUCCUGCAGGAGUUCCAGGCACUGAAAAUAGCAGCGGAGGAAAAAAACUUUCCCUGUACAAGCUUCCCCAAAGAGCUGAGCUUCAUCAAGUCCAGCCAUGCUGUGUCUGCCGUGAGGGAGCAGCUAGUGAACAUUUGCAAGAACCAGUGGGAUCAGCUCUCGGGGAAGGGAGACGAUGUGCCAGUAUUUUAUGGAUUUCCAGAAGUGACCGCUGAAUCCCAGAUUUCAGAAAAAAGCAGUCCUGCUUGUUUGGAAUCACGAGACUAUUUCCUCAAAUUUGCAUUCAUCAUUGAUCUGGACAGUGAUACAGCUGAUAAAUUCCUUCAGCUUUUUGGAACAAAGGGUGCCAAACGUGUGCUGAAUCCUAUCGCCUACCCUGAGAGUUCAACAAGGUUCAUCAACUGCGAGCAGGUGCUGGGUGAGAACAUAAUGAACCGUGGCAACUAUUACUGGGAAGUGGAGAUCAUUGAUGGCUGGGUGAGCAUUGGUGUCAUCACAGAAGAUUUCAACCCCCGGGAGUCCUAUGACAGGGGCCGUUUGGGUAGGAAUGAGAAAUCCUGCUGUCUACAGUGGAAUGGACAGAACUACGUCGCCUGGUUUGGUGGCUUUGACUGUACCAUACAACAGCCAUUUUUUCAUACCAUUGGGGUGUACUUGGAGUAUUCAGAGAAAGCACUGACUUUCUAUGGAGUCAAAGAUUCCAAGACAACCUGCCUACAACAGUUCAAAGUUGCCCGUUUUAAAAAAGGCCACUUCGAUCCCUUCCAGAAUAAGAUCAACCACCAGUUUCCAUCACUGUUUAUGCACAACCUCAAACCAGCUUUUUUCCUUGAAAGUGUAGAUGCCCACAUGCAGCUUGGGCCUUUAAAAAAAGACUGUGUUUCAGUGUUGAAGCGACGGUAACUUGCUCAUAACCAGGUAAAGGUUUCAUCAGAGAAGGUUAAAAUGAAAUCUGUCUCCUUCACAAGUUAAGAUUGUUAACUUGUCACUCUUACAGCCUUGCUACCUUUGAGUAACUUGAUGAGUAUUUUUUUUUGAUGGGCAUUUUCUGGCUAUCUUUGGGUCUCUGAUCAUGAAUUCAUAUUGUUUAGGCUUUUUCAGUAAUGGAUGCCACUCAGACAUCCCAUUAGUGCAGAAAAUGUAACUUUGUCAUGGCUUGUCGAAGGCUUUCACGGGCUCGAUUCAUAGGAAGUUGUGGUGGAGCUGCCAGGCUGUCGUGGCUGUGUGUUUGCAUAGA